AUGGAACACGCCGCGGAAAAUGGUGCAAGGCUUGGAUCUUUUGGAAAGAAAACGGGGAAAAACAGUGUUAUGGAAAGGCAAAAUGAACAGCAAACAACAGUGAGCGACGAUAGGUUUAAGGAACAGCUGCUCUGUAAAUUAGAUGAGCUGAGGAAAGCUAACUUUCUUUGCGACACAAUCGUUCGGGUCGAAGGAGAAGAUUUUCCCGUUCACAAGAAUGUUCUAUGUGCCACAAGCGAUUAUUUCAAGGCUUUCUUUUCUAGUGACCUACAAGUCAAAGAAAGCCAGAGCAGCUUAGUAGAACUAAAAAAUAUGAAAUCAAGCACGAUUGCAGAAGUGCUCCGAUUUAUGUACACUGGAGAAGUAAACAUGAGCUCGUCAAACGCACAAGAUCUUAUCAUCGUCGCUGAUUAUCUGAUAAUUCCACGAUUGAAAACAACAGCUGCGGAGUUCAUUGGGAAGUCAAUAAAUGCCUCAAACUGUUCAACAAUGGAAUCCUUUGCUUUUCAAUAUAACUGCGAUGCGUUGAUUCAGGCUGUCUUAAAUUAUAAAUGUAAACAUUUCCUUACUUACGUAAAAUCAAACGAUUUUUUGGACCUUGAUGUAGAGAAAGUGAAAGAAUUGGCGUGUCUUGACGAUCUGCAUAUUACUAAGGAAGAGGAAGUUUACGAGGCAGUUAUUGAGUGGGUGAAACAUGAUUUAACAUCAAGAGAAUGUUUCCUCCCAGAUCUGCUAAAUUGUUUAAGGUUGUUCUCUCUGUCAAAAUACAGUUUGGAGAAGUUUUUAAAGAAAGAAGAGUUGAUCGUGAAAAGUCCUGUUUGUUCAAACAUUUUGUAUAAUGGAUUGAACUUUUUUGUUUUUCCGGAUCGAUUUUUAAGCAAGUCUCUUAAGCAUCGCUCAUCCAUUCAGAAUGAAGAACAUGUUAUAGUAGUUAUCGGCAGUGAAAGUGAUCUUGAAGAAGACAUUAAGACUGACUGUUAUGUUCUUUCUACAAAACAGUGGAAGUCACUAGCUCCCAUACCCGAAAGCUGUGCCUUGGAUAUGUAUAAUUUGUAUGUUUCUGCCGUUUGUGGUGGGCUUUUGUAUAGAAUUGAUGGUGUAGAUGGCAAAGUCACCUGUUAUAACCCACUGGAAAAUGCAUGGAGAGCAAGAACAACAAGGUUUCUUAGCAGUUGUAGAGGUUGUGCAGUGGCAUCAUUCCACGAGGAACUUUAUUUGUUUGGUGGAAUGAUACAUGAAGAUAAUGACUUAGAUACGGAGGUGAUGUUCCAAGAUGCAUUUAAAUACAAUCCAUUGAGCAAUGCAUGGACGAAAGUAGCAUCAAUGCAAACCGGCCGCGCUUAUCACUGUGCAGUAGUUGUGGAAGACCUCAUUUAUGUGAUUGGAGGUUGUAAUGGCCAGAUCUCCCUGAAGAGUGUCGAGACAUAUAAUGCAUCAACCAACCAGUGGAGAAGAGCUCCAGAUAUGGCAAAUCCCCGUAAGCAUGGUGCAGCAGUUAAUGCUGGUGGGAAGAUCUUUGUCACUGGGGGGUACUGUGACAAUGAUGAAACAAGUGUGGAGCCUAGUUGUGAACUUUUUGAUCCACUUGUUAACCAGUGGAGCCUGCUACCUGGACCUUACCAACCUCGCUGUUGUUUUGGCAUCGUGAGUGUGGAUGACAUGGUGUAUAUUUUUGGUGGUGAGGAUUCAGAACAGUGGAUAAGUACUUCUGAGAGUUUUGACUUCAGAAGCAACAAAUGGAAUGAAGAAGCUGAGAAACCUCUGCCAAUGCCAAGGAAUGGUACACGGACCCAAGCAUCUUUGUUGAAAGUCCCAAAGAAGUUUAUUAAAAGCUCAACUGGUCGACUGUCUGUAUCCUGA